AUGAUCACUCUGUUAGUGAUCAUUUCACUGAAAGUCUGUGUUACUUACACCACAAAUAUAUAUGUUACCCUCCAGGUGGUUUUCCAGAUCUUUGUAGACCUCAUAUUGAUCACAGAAUGUUUUCUGCUGUCCUGUAUUCUGGACAUCAUCAACAAACUUAUGAAAUUCGUUGAGGCUUCUGUAGCACACCAAUUCUUGGAGUUUUACAAGUCUCCACCAGCUGAAAUAAAAAAAACUGAAAACGGUGAUUUCGUCUUGAUUGGGUGGAUAUCUGCAGCUCUGGCUCAAAGAAAGGAAAGAGCAGACAUUGAGCAAAUGGUCAGGAACUUAUUUGACGUUAUACGCCUCAGAGAUGCGUUGGAUAUUUUCAACAAAGUAUUCACUCCAAAUGUAUCUGCUGUCCUUAUAAUUUGUAUUGCUAAUCUGGUAGAAAGAAGUUGCGAGUUUGUGGUUUUGGUCAACGAAAGUUCUUUUAAUCUUCAACUUUGGUUUGUUGAUGUCGCUGCUAAUUGUUAUCUCUGGAUGCCAAGAUCAGACACCACCUUUGGAUACUCGUACCAACUGCCUUCUGGAGGAUGGGCUGCAAAAGUUCGAAACGCCUUAUCACAGUUUUCGGAUAUUUUCAGCGAAUUCGAUAAGUACAUAGCCCCUGCUUAUCAUCAUGACCGUUGCGAAAGAUCUGUCCAAAUGCGACUUUAUACCAUGCACAAGAGAGAAUUCGUCAUGGUAUUCGUCACGUUCUUCGCUUGUUUUGGUCUUGGAAUAAUCGUAGGAAUUGCAGGUCCUCCUAUUACUCUAAAUACGGAAAUAAAUGGAGCAAGUCUUCUGCCGAAAAAUAAUAACACUAACCCCAAUAUCGUUAGAAAAGACAUAGCGACUGGACCUUUUAUUAUGCGAACACCAAAAAUGUCUACGUAUUCACAACAACUCUGGGUGAUAGCAAAAUUAUCGACUGAAAAUACAGAUGGUGAGAUUAUCGAUAAAAUUUUCAAAAUAUCAGUGGGCAUAUCAGGCUUGACUGAGGAUCACAAACCCAUCAAAAUAUUGGAUGUUAAAAAUAACAACAGGACAAGACAUUUGAAGUGCGAGAAACAAAGUUGUGAUGAGUUCAUAGUGAUGCAUUUGGGUUAUUUAGACUACACCCAUUAUAUCAUAACAGUCAAUUUUCAUGGACUAGAAGCCUUCCAUUCAAGAUACAAUAUAAACGAAUUAUUUUUGUAUUUCAAAACGUACAACCCGGAGUUCACCCAAAUAGAAAUAUGGUUCAGAUUUAUAUUUUUGUUAUUCACAUUCACAGUUACGUGCUGGUUUCAACAUAGCCUCAGAAAAUAUCCAUCACACGAUUGGUCCAUAGAGCAAAAGUGGAUGUCCCUAUUGUUACCACUGAUGAUGGCUUAUGACAAUCCAGUGUUUCCUAUGUCGUUCCUAGUCAACUCCUGGCUCCCUGGCAUGAUCGACGCUUUCGCCCAAGCGACCUUCCUUUGCGCCUUGCUGCUCUUCUGGCUCUGUAUUUACCAUGGUCUGCGCCAGAACGACAGACACCUGGCCACCUUCUAUCUGCCGAAAGUGUUCGUAGUGGGUAUGCUGUGGUGCCCGGCGAUAGUCUUGUCGACUUGGGAGCGGAUCAACGAACUGGAGGAUCCCACUUAUAAUCAUACGGUCGACACAUCGAACUAUGAAAUCGUUAAGGCAUUUUUCUACAUUUUUGGAGUAGUAUAUUUGAUAUACCUUUGUAUUUUGAUAUUGAGAGCUUACACUGAACUCAGAUCAAUGCCAUUUUUCGGUCUGAGGUUGAAAUUUUUGACUCUCCUCAUGUUGGUCGUCCUCGUUAUAAGUUGUAUCAUAACAGUUCUGAGAUUUGGAGUUGGCGUUCUGGAAGACAAUUUCGUGGCACAGCUGUCGACCCACUACAGCAACUCGUCCCAAUUCAUGUCGUUUUAUGGCUUGCUGAACUUCUACAUGUACGCAAUGGCGUUAUGGGCAGAAGAAGUUGAUUGGAAGACCACUUUUUCCGUUGGUGAAGCUAUAUGGAAAUAGGGUGAUGAAGUCG